AGAAGUGUCUCCAAGUCUUCUGACCCAUCGAUGGCCGUCGCCUCGACGCCGCUCGUCGCGGCACCAUCGUGCCCGGCCUGGGCGAAGCAUCGUCGCGGGCGCCAGCCGCAGUUCGACGGCAAGCCGUGCGAGCCUGCCGAGGAGGAGGACAUGUGGCUGUGCCUGGCCGACGGCCGCGCGCGCAGCACCGCCGACCUGAAGCGCCUGGCGACAGCCGCUCGGGUGCGAGCGAAACGAGCAGGAGAUGCAGCCGCCGCGAACACGCGCGAUCGGCAGGCGCGCGACCAGCGCCGCCGGCAGCGUGAGCAGCACGACCGGCGCGCAGCGCCGGCGGUCGCCAAGACCGUGCGCCCACAACGUGGCCAGUGCGGCUGCCCGGCGCACGCGGUGUGCGGCAUGUGCGUCGACCAGGGCAAGCUCGCCGCGGCCGAGCAGGCGGCCAUCGACCUGGAGACGCGCUUCCACGCCUCGACGAACGUCGUCAUGGACCUGGAGCGGCCCGAGGACGAGACGGCGGCGCUGCUGCAGCGCUGCGUGCACGUCUCCGACGAGACGAAGCGGCGGCUGCUGGGCGAGUGGAGCGACGAGCGCAUGGCGCACGCGCUGCCGCUGCACGCAUGCGCCUCGUGCGGCGUGCGGGACCCGUCGCUGACGUACACGCGGGUUGACGUGUCGGCGCUGCCGCGUACUGUGUCUGUGCGCGUAGCCGGCGGCGAAGACGAGACGCGGCACGUGUUUGUGUGAGGUUUGGUGGAGGCUGUAUUUAGAAAAGGAGUUACGGUGUUGAUCGCCGCGGGAGCCCUCUUAU